AUGACCAGGUGCCAUUAUCAUCGCUCUCUCAUUCUCGCGCUUUCUGCUGUUGCAUUUACUGCAGCGUGGAUGCCGAGCGAUGUUCGCCCAUCACCUCGUGAGUCGUCGGCUUCUCGACAUUCUACAAAAUGGGAAAAGAAGCAAAGGUGGUUGGAAAAGAGAGAUAUGCGUGCUGGAGACUCUGAUGAAACUUCUAAAGCUCCUUUUGCAACAAUCAUUGGAAAUGGGAGAAUAGGAAGUACCCUUGCAGAAGCAGGAAAUUGCAUAGUUCUUGGUCGAGAUGACAACAUCGAUGAAAACGGCAAAGGCCCGAUUCUAAUUGCAACCAGGAACGAUGCACUUGAUGGAAUAAUCGAAAAGUGUCCUGAGAGCCGCAAAUGUGACCUAGUGUUUUUGCAAAAUGGAUACUUGAAUUCCUACUUGGAGCAAAAAGGCUUGCUUGAUAAUACUCAAGUGCUUCUGUAUUUGUCAGUAACUGCAAUCGGUGCUGAAGCAGUGGAUGGGGUGACGGCCUACAAUCCAGAGGGUUUGACUGCUGCGACAGGAAUUCAUGCAGAGGCUUUUGCACGUCGCCUUUCGCAUUUGGGACUAAGGUGCAACGUUGUCGAUGCUGCGAGCUUUAAGCCAGCCAUGUUCGAAAAGCUUAUGUGGAUUGCCGUCUUCAUGCUGAUUGGAGCCGCGAAGCGUUGCAAAUCAGUGGGCCAAGCAGGUUCUGAACACAGUGGCCUAGUUGACGAGUUAAUCAAUGAACUUUCCGCGGCAGUGGAAAAGAGAGAGGCCAUCCAAUUCCCCGAAGGGACAGUCCCAAGACUGAAUGCAUACACGGAUGUCGUGUCUGACUUCCCUGCUGCUGUCAAAGAGUUUACAUGGCGCAAUAAAUAUUUCUUUGACUUGGGCGAUGAGGAAGUGCCAAUUCAUAAUACAUUAUUGCGAGAAUGCAGAGAAGGUGGACUACUCGACUUCUCCCUCGAAUAG